AUGGUCCUCUUCUCCGCCGCCUGCGAGAACUUCAGACUGGUCAUCAACACUCAGAAGACGGUGAUCAUGUAUCAACCGCCGCCACCCAACACAGCCGUUUCUCCCAAAGCGCCGCCGCCUCAAAUCAGUGUGAAUGGAACCCAACUGCAAGUGGUGGAGAACUUCCCCUACCUGGGCAGUACUCUCUCCAGUAACACCAAAAUCGACGACGAAUUCGCUCGCAGGGCCUAG